UCUUUCUUCCUUGUUAACUACCAACUAGAAGCACUACCUAGAUCGCCGCAGGUCUCAGUCGAAAGAGCUCAGGAGGAGGUCGCUAGGGUCUCUCCAACUACAGUGCAAUGGGGAAGGGAACAGGGAGUUUUGGUAAGAGGAGGAACAAGACCCACACACUAUGUGUGAGGUGUGGGCGACGGAGCUUCCAUCUUCAGAAGAGCCGUUGCUCUGCUUGUGCUUACCCUGCUGCCCGUAAAAGGACAUACAACUGGAGUGUGAAGGCAAUUCGCAGAAAGACAACUGGAACUGGCCGCAUGAGGUAUCUUCGAAACGUCCCUCGCAGGUUCAAAACCAAUUUUAGAGAAGGUACUGAAGCAGCUCCAAGGAAGAAGGCAGCAGUUUCUGCUUGAGGCCUUUGAGACAGUCACUUGAGAGUUGAGAGGCUAUUAGUGGUCGCCUGAUUUUGAUAGUUCUAGUGUUAGAUAGAUCAAGUUAAAUUUUGGGGAACCUUCUAUCUGGGGUUUAAAAUGCCCAUUGAAAAGAUUGAUGUGCUUAAAGUUUUCAAAGUAUGUAUUCCAACUUGGCAUUUUUAUAAAGAAGCAUUUUAUGGACUUCCAUCA